CUCCGGACGCCCUUUGCUUUUUGCCCCCUUUAUAAGGUGGGGCUUUCCUACAAGAGGGGGUGGAAUUGUAGAAAGGAGUGAGAAGGCUCUUUCUGCAUCAAAGGUCGAUUGUGGGCGCGCAAAUGCAGUAACUGAAAUCUUUGCCUCAGACCUCAGAUGCUUCUUAGUUCCAGUUUAUUGUUUCUUCCACGCGGCUUUUCUCGUUUACUCCAUUCUACUGCAAUGAGCACCAUUACUACUGGUACAUUUAUACUGCAGCAACCUCUCAACUACCGAGACGGUACCCGUCACCAGCCUGUGGAUGGGGAUCACAGUGAGGAGAUCUAUGAACCGGCAACUGGCAGAGUAAUUGGGAACUUACCCUUCUCUGGUGAGAAGGAGGUAGAUCUGGCUGUAAAGAGUGGACAUGCUGCUUUCAAAAUAUGGAGUCAGAAAUCAGGCAUGGAACGGAGCAGCAUUCUGCUGGAGGCAGCCCGAAUUAUCCGGGAAAGAAGAGAAGAAAUUGCCACCCUAGAAACAAUCAACAAUGGGAAAUCCAUCUUUGAAGCGCUCAUAGACAUUGAUAUGUCUUGGCAAUGCCUGCAGUUUUAUGCUGGUCUAGCUUGUUCUUUAGCAGGUAAUGCCAUGGUCUUCAAGCCUUCUCCUUUCACCCCCAUCUCUAUUGUGCUGCUGGCAGAGAUCUACACUGAGGCUGGUGUCCCUAAGGGACUUUUCAAUGUGGUGCAGGGUGGAGCUGCCACAGGACAAUUCCUGUGCCAACACCCAGAUGUGGCCAAAGUCUCAUUCACCGGGAGUGUGCCCACAGGUGUUAAGAUUAUGGAAAUGGCAGCCAAAGGGAUCAAACCUGUUACUUUAGAGUUAGGAGGAAAGUCUCCCCUCAUUAUCUUCUCUGACUGUGCAUUGGAUAAUGCUGUGAAAGGAGCCCUCAUGGCUAAUUUCCUUACCCAGGGUGAGGUUUGCUGCAAUGGUACUCGGGUGUAUGUACAACGAUCAGCCCUGGAGGCCUUCACCAAAGAAGUUGUGAAACAGACUCAGAACAUCAAAAUUGGUAACCCCCUGCUGCAAGAUACAAGGAUGGGAGCACUUAUUAACAAGGCACACCUGGAGAAGGUCUUGAGUUUUGUUAAACAAGCAAAGGAGCAGGGUGCAGAAGUCCUGUGUGGAGGGAAUGCCUUUGUGCCAGAUGAUCCCAGUCUGAAAAAUGGCUUUUAUAUGUCUCCUUGUGUCUUAGGAAACUGCAAGGACACCAUGACAUGUGUAAAAGAGGAGAUUUUUGGGCCAGUCAUGUCUAUUCUACCCUUUGACACAGAAGAAGAGGUCUUAGAGAGAGCCAACAAUACCCGUUUUGGCCUGGCAGGAGGUGUCUUCACCAGAGAUAUCCAGCGUGCCCACAGAGUAGCAGCUGGUCUCCAGGCUGGUAUGUGCUUCAUCAACAACUAUAAUGUCAGUCCUGUGGAGCUUCCCUUUGGAGGAUACAAGAUGUCAGGGUUUGGACGAGAGAAUGGCAAAGCAGCAAUUGAAUACUAUUCCCAGCUGAAGACAAUCUUUGUGGAAAUGGGAAAUGUAGAAUCAGUGUUCUAAUGCCUCUAGUAUAGUUGCUUCUGGUUAGCAUACUAUUGAGAUGCUAUAUACAACAGAAGCUCGAAAUGAUCUUUGCAGCAUCUGAUUACAUCAUUGUUUUCCUACAACUACUUUGAAUUCCAUUGUUUUUUUUUCCUCUCUUCUCUUGAAAGUACAUAAUGGAGAAAAAGAACAAUCACUGGCUAUAAGAUUUUUUUGCAACCAGUCCCAAAUAAUUGCUUGACACCUCUUGCCAAGUUUUCUGACCUAAGCACAGUAGAGCAGAGUCUCAGCAUCAUAUGAUAUGUGUCCUUAUGAUAACUUAUAUUUCCCAAUCUAUUGAUCUCAGUUGUCACUACCCAGAAACAGUAACUAAACAUCGCUGCACAAAGGAGGUUGAUUGUAUUCCUACUGUCUACUCUAGGUAGGCAGUUUUAUAUAAUGCAGUUUGAGCAAAUAAAGGUUCCGAUACUGAGCACUGAAUGCAUAAAAUUACAUGAAAUACACAAGUAUUCUAGCUGUUCUCAAUGUGUGGGAUGGGUUAUGCCUUAAGGGAUAGGAGGAUUUGAUAGGAAAUUAAUUAAGCCCCUUUAACACAGAAGCAUUUUGUUAAAAUAGAAUUACAAAGAGGUGAUUCUACCUUUCAGAAAUGACUGGAAAAUCAAUCCUUCAAAGCUAGGUUUCUCUUUACUGGGACAAAAUCUGUACUGUCUCAAUAAAAACAAGAUUUCGUGUUAUAUAUUCUUUUCUCACUGGUUAUGCAAAAAUAGGACUAUUGAUUCCAGGAGAAUGCAAAUGACAUUUUUCUCCAGAUUUAUAAAAAUAAAAAACGGUUGAAGGAGA